GAAAUGUCAUAUACCUACUCAAUUGAGAUCAAACAUUUUUAUUACUAUCUUCAUAUUGUUUAUUAUUGACAAAGUACUAUAGUUUGAUUUUCAAGCAAGUUACCGUUCAGCUUCUUUCCCUAGCAGAAGAAGGGAAUAUGGAGUUGUUAGAUGAAGGAGCCUUCCGUAAAAGUGACAUGCAGGGGACCUUACUGUUUGUUGGGGAAACAUUUUCUCGUAUAUCUCGACUUGGAUCUGUAGAUGUGCUUUUAAGUGAAAUAAUCCCAAGGAUUCUUAGACAUAUCUGGUGUUUGUCAUCGCCAACUAUGGACUCACUAGGUUUAGAUGUUCUGGAAUCAGACCCGGGUUCUAUAUUUUGGUUGAAUCUUAUUCAAGCAAUCAAAGAUUCAUAUGCUGUGGAAAGAAUGUCUGAGAAACUUUUACAUCAGCUUGCAACUGAACAAGUGGGUGAUAUUGAAGCUUACUGGGUUCUUUGGCUAUUAUUUCUUCGGGUUUUUCAAAUGCCAAAUAUCAGCGAGGUCCAUGUUUACUGACAAGUUUUUAGUCUGGAAAGUAUUUCCUGUUUGUUGCAUUCGAUGGAUCCUUCAAUUUUCCGUUCUUGAAUGCGCACAAGAUUCAAAUUCACUUGCUAAAGGUCAUAAUACCCGCAAUUUCUUAGACACUUUACAGAAUCUGGUAGCGGUAUGGUCCGAAAGGGAGUUCCCCAGUCGAGCAGCAAAUAU